CGAGCAAGCGCGAGCGCCUCGCUCCGAGUGACGCUUUCGGGCGUUCUUAGAGCGCUGCCCACGUCCUCGCGCCACCACACGAGCGCGUCCGUGCAUCCUCCACCGCUGGACUCUCUCUCGUCUCGUCAGUCGCUGUCUCACGGGACCUUUUCCUCUGCGCUGAGAGUGACCCGACGCACCGACGGUCGGACGGGCAAGCGCGGGGUUAGCCGAGAAGAGCGUCCUGGUGUGCAGAAGCGCAGAAAGCGAGAGUCCGGUGGUUGGAAGCAGGGAGGGACGGCAGGCAGUUCUGUGGAACGAGCGGCGCCAGCAGCAGACAUGACCCAAAGUAACGGGGAGAACCCGCGUUCUCGGAGCAGGGUCCAGCAGAUUCGUGAAGGCAUCCACCUGCGCUCUAUGAAGGCAAAGAAGAAGGUGGAGGACAUCACCAAGGAUGAUGUCAAGAGCUUCAUGAGAAGGAAUGCCUUUGUCAUCUUUACCGUCGCUGCCGUCAUCAUCGGUAUAAUACUGGGAUUUGCCCUGCGGCCAUACAAGAUGUCCUAUCGCGAGGUUAAGUACUUCUCUUUCCCGGGUGAACUGCUCAUGCGAAUGCUGCAGAUGCUGGUGCUCCCCCUGCUGGUGUCCAGUCUCAUUACAGGCAUGGCAGCACUGGACAGUCGAGCCUCAGGAAAGAUGGGCAUGCGUGCAGUGGUAUACUACAUGACCACCACAAUCAUCGCUGUCUUCAUUGGCAUUAUCAUGGUGCUGAUCAUACACCCAGGAAAGGGCUCCAAGGAUGAGUUCACACGGCAGCAAAAGAUUGAGCAAGUCAGCCCUGCCGAUGCCUUUCUGGACCUCAUCAGGAACAUGUUCCCUCCAAACCUGGUCCAAGCCUGCACACAGCAGUUUAAGACUCAGUAUGGCAAGCGGGUGGUGCAGGUGAAGGUGACGGUGAACGACACCAUCUUUAACCUCACCAACGGGACCCAGGAGAUCACGAAGGAGGAGAUCAUCCCCGUGCCAGGCACUGUGAAUGGCGUUAAUGCCCUGGGCCUGGUGGUCUUCUCCAUGUGCUUUGGCCUGAUUAUCGGCAACAUGAAGGAACAUGGCCAAGCCCUCAGAGACUUCUUUGACUGCCUCAAUGAGGCCAUUAUGAGGCUGGUGGCCAUUAUCAUGUGGUAUGCUCCUAUUGGUAUCCUCUUCCUCAUUGCAGGCAAGAUUGUCGAAAUGGAUGACAUAACAGAGAUGGGUGGGCAACUGGGUAUGUACACCAUCACUGUCAUCAUCGGCCUGCUGAUCCAUGCCAUUUUCGUGUUGCCCACCCUGUACUUUGUCAUCACCCGGAAGAAUCCCUUUGUCUUCAUUGCUGGGCUGCUGCAAGCCCUGAUCACUGCCCUGGGUACCUCAUCCAGCUCAGCCACCCUGCCCAUCACCUUCAAGUGUCUGGAGGAGAACAACAAGGUGGACAAGCGUGUGACACGCUUUGUCCUGCCAGUGGGAGCCACCAUCAACAUGGACGGCACUGCGCUCUACGAGGCUUUGGCCGCUAUUUUCAUUGCGCAGGUCAACAACAUGGAUCUGAACUUUGGCCAGAUUAUCACCAUCAGUAUCACUGCUACAGCUGCCAGUAUUGGUGCUGCUGGAAUCCCCCAGGCUGGACUAGUCACCAUGGUGAUCGUGCUGACCUCAGUGGGAUUGCCCACGGAUGACAUCACCCUCAUCAUUGCAGUGGACUGGUUCCUGGACCGCCUGCGCACCACCACCAACGUCCUGGGUGACUCAAUUGGGGCCGGAAUUGUGGAGUACUUGUCAAGACAUGAGCUGCAGACGAAGGAUGCAGAGAUGGGCAACUCAGUGGUAGAAGAGAACGAGAUGAAGAAGCCAUACCAGCUCAUCUCCCAGGAGAACGAGUAUGAGAACGAGAAGACCCCAGACAGCGAGACCAAGAUGUAACCUCCCAAGUCAUGUGCGGACACCCACUGCGUCCUGGGAGGAAUUCCGCUUUUCUUUUAAGAGAAAAGAGAGCCUAUUGGUGUUGGAGUGUUUUUUCCUUUUUGUACUUUUUUUUUUUUUUUUUUUUUUUUUUACCCCUCAUUGUUGUAGAUUCUGGAGCAGCUACAGGUGUCAUUUUUUCCCCACCAUUUACUGUCUGUUUGAUGUUGUAUUUUUAACAUGAAUUGUGUUAUUCCUGAUAGUGAAGCAGUCCUCAGUACUAUAUGUGAGAACUGCCUGCAGCACAAUCCUACCUGUGAUUGACUGUGUUUCAGUCUGUCUGUACUCACAAAUUACGCAUGGAAUUGCAUGGUCUCGUUUCCCAAAUUCAGAAUGUAGUACAUGUGUUUCCUCAUGUAACUGUCAUACAUUUUCUGAGAAACUGAAUGAUCAGUAGGAAUAAGGUUGUACAUGGAUUCUCCCAUGUUGGAUUGCUUGUAUCAGUUUUUUAAUUUUUUUUUUUUGGAUCACAAUGUAUUACUGGGAGUGGGUUUAUAUUCACAGGUGAAAAUAAAUUACUGUGAAGAUUUAUUCCUCUGUACUUUCUGCUGGGGAAAUUUGGUCAAUAUGAAAGUACUUAAAGUUGUCAGGGAAAAAAAAACUUCAAUAAGCAUACAGAGCAGAGUAGGGUCAAGGUCUGAUUAAGAAUGUGGUAAUUGACUGGAAAUGCUGAUUGGCAGGAAAUACUGGAUUGGGUGUGAUCCCACCAAGGCUGCUGACCAUGUUGGAACUGGAGAAGGAUAAGAGGGCUGGAGUGGACAGGGCAGGUCUUAAGGCAGGGACUUGCAUAAAUGGAAUGUCAACUGGAUGCAGAAAAGCCAUGUGAUGGUUAGAAUUAAGCUGAGCAUGGGAACAUCUCCAUCAGAAAAACUGAGGCAGGAGCAUGCGAUAUAUUGGGGCACACUGAAUUCAGGGGGUAACUGGUUGUGUGACAAUAAUGGGUGGGGUCACAGGUUUUAUUCAUUCUUUUUCCCCUAGGUGAAUCAGUCAAAUAAAUAAAAGAAAAUAACUGCCCUGUUGACUGCAAGACAGACGAAAGAAAGCCCCUAUCCGAAAAAGCGUUAUAACCCUUUAGGAUAUGACAAACUGGAAAAAUAAUACUCAAUCAACAUGAUAUCUAAAAACUCAAUUUUUUUCAACCCCAAAAUGUACCUCUUCCUUAGACCCCUACUUCAGUCCACAGAAAGUGUCUUUAUUGCUGUUAAAUGGUUGCAGCUGCUGUUUCCGUCAACAAGCCUACACCUAGGGUUCAACCAUCGCUGAAGGAGAUGAAGGCCACGAUUAGUCCACUGCUACCAGAGAGUACUUACAUUGCCUCUGGUAGUAAUAGCUCCUACCUGACAUAACCUACUUGGACGUGGGUUGAUCUACCUAAGUGUGGUGACCGUUUGUGAUUAACCAGGAAUAAAGUAUAUGUAAUGAAAUGUGCUUAAGUUGGCAAAUUAAUGUCUGUAUGUCACCAAAAUGAGGACUUGCAUGCGUCCACAGCAGAAGUGUAUUUCAAUUCUAAUUACACCGUAGUGACUGGUUUUCCAAUUCUAGUUGUUGUUACGAGUAAAGGCGCAGGCUGUUGAGAGGUGCAGCAUUUUUUUUUUUAGAAUGAAUGGUGGCUGAAUUUGAAGAAUUGUGUGGGAUGCAUUGUGAGGUGUUCUGUGUUCCCUGGAGCUGGGGGGUGAAACACCUUGGGGUCGCGGUGCGGAGUUGGAGAAUCCCAGCAUCCUUGCUGUUUGUUUCUGACCUGACUUGGUAAUGCAAUACACACGGAACCAGGAGGCUUUGGGCACCUAGGCCUAAGCUUGAGUCCCAGUCUGUCCUGAACCAGAAUCCUCCUGAGUGAGCUUUAUGUAGGCAAAUUUCCUUGGUCUUCAGAUUUUCCUUUUUGAUUCCUGACUUUUUAAUUAUUUUAUUUUUUAUAAUGUUUUUAAUGCGGUCUCUCUUUUUUUUUUUUAAAUGUUACACUUGCACAAGAAGGCCUACUUUACCUACUUUGCAUCCACACUGUUGUACUUACGGGAUGGACGUCCAUCCACAAGAGCACCAUGAGUAAACAGCAGGUGGCAUGGUGUUGAGUAUGUACCUGAGUAUAUUUCUAAAAGAAGCAUUGGAUCUUGUGACUGGUUUCUUUUACCACUGGGUGUCUUCACUGAUGUUAGGCUGUUUUAUUUAAAUUUUCCUUCUUAUUUUAUUCUGUAGGUAAACUGAGCCUUCUAACAGAUGCAACUAUACAAUUUGUAAUAUUUUUUUUGUUCAUUUUUCUAACUGGUAUUGUACUGCAUGGGGAAAUGUUUUUUAGAUUUUUUUUAUAUAGAGAAUUUGUAGAUAUGUUUGUAAAUUAACAUUAGAAUAUACAAAUGUGUGUUUACUUGAGGAAGUCUACUGUAAAUUUGCUACAAAGGAAGUGUAUUUUCUGGAAAGGUGAAAAAAUGCCUGCAUUACGUCUUAGUUGACACAAAACAGCAGGGCCUGUGCUGAUCAUGUAUGAACUAACUAGAUUGGAAACUGUGACUUUACGUUAUUUUGUACUUGGUCAUUUUUAUUUGUGUGUGAUUCCUGCUGAUCCACAGCACAUAGUGAGAAACGCACACAAUGGUAGAUUUGUCUUUGGUAAUGAUAGUUUUGAAGAAAAUAAAAAUGAAAAAUACA